AAUGUUUAGGUUAAGUUUAUUUCUGACCUAUUUAAGUCCAAAGAUUAAGUUACAAUAUUGUGUACACAAUAAUAAAUAAUAAUACAGUUAACACAUAUUUGAUAACUAGUAAGUCAUGACUCAUGAUCAUCAAAAAGCCGUGCUACACGUCAUAAUAUAGAUACCAUUUUACCAAUGUCAAAAAGAUGUUUUUACUAACAAUACUACUGUAGAGUUAUCAGUUGUACACACAAACAUUUAAACAAGUCGAAAGUUUAUUGAUCCAAAAAUGUAUUUCUCGUAAGUAAUAACUAUUGUUAGGUCUUUAUAGUCUAAUAUAACUGAAAACAACAACAGGCAAUCACAAUAUUAUGGAUAGUGGCUAUACCCAUAUUAUACAUAAGCCAAAGUCACAAUCGUAGUUGCUGUUAGUAGGUGCCUCCGAAAUAAACUACCUACGUCCAGAAUAAAUAAAAGCAGCGAAAAUAAUUCAUUUCGGUUUUGAACGGUAACAUGAAAGUCGAUUCAUACAUUGUGUUCAAGAGUUUUUCUGUACCUUAUUACUAUUCAAUAUUGUUUGGAUGGAUGCCCAUUCGUAUACCAAAGAAUGACAGCGAAAUGGAAAACAAGAGUUUGUGGUGUAUACCCGGAUUAAUCUUUUCGUUGAGUUACAUUAUACUACUUAUAGUCUCCGGAAGCACUACUCGGGAAUUAAGGAAUGCAAUCAAGUACCAAGGAAAUAGAACUUUGAGCAAUCUAACGAUUCAUGAUCGUAUACAGAUUGUAGUGGGGCCUAUGUUCAUAAUAUCUCUGUGGUUGAAUCAAACGAUUAUGAUCAUCAUACACAUAUCGAUGCCAUUCCAUUUAAAAGGAUUAAGAAAAGUUUUCGAGCUCUUCAAUGCAUGUGUCAAGUGCCAUGGCUCGAUUAUAGGAGACAAGAACACGAUUAACAUGAUUGCACACAAAACUAACAUUGAAUCCAUCAUGAUGAUUAUAAUGAACACAGUCUUGUCAAUCGUAUCGGUUACGACGAGUUUCAAUAGAAUAAGACUGUCAUUUGCUUGGAAGCUCUUCAUUUUGAUCGACAGUGUCAUUCAUAAACUGGCGGCGAUUUCGUUAUGUAUCCAAUUCUGGUGUAUUUGUUCAGUAUUAGCAAAAUGCUUUAAGUAUCUCAACGUAUCUCUGGACAGACUUCGAGUCCGAAAAAAUCAGGUGACGAUACGCCCUCCGGGUUUAUUCACGAUGUCAGACCGGUUGACGCUGCCGACCAAUAUGGUAACGCACAUACGGAAGUUAAACCGAGCACACACUGACCUCUGUUCCAUCCUCGAUCGAACAAACAGCGUUUAUCAGGUGUGUUUUGACAUUUUUCAUAUACGACUUAUUGUUAUAUGUAUUAAAUAUAUAUGAUAUUUCGUUUGUAUGGCAUAUAUUUAUACGUGUAUUAAUCUGCCCAAGGUGCUGAUCCUUUUGAGCAUCAUCACUUGCGUACUGAGCAUGCUGCCCCAUUUGUUCGUUUUAGGCAUCAUCAUGGCAUAUUCAAAUUUUAAAAUCACACCACAACUGUCCAUGGUCAUAUGGCCACUGCACUACAUGAUAAGGGUGUAUAUCGUAUGUAAAGCCGCUUCAUUCGCGUCCAACGAAGCCAGGCGAACGAAAACUAUUCUCAAUGCUGCAUUUCACAAACGUUUGACAGACGACGAAAAAAAUGGAAUAAAAGGUUUCUUGGAAAGGAUUGAUAACAAGAAAAUAAGAUUUUCUUUAUAUGGCUUGAGUUAUUUGGACGACGAAUAUUUCUUAUCAAGUGUCAUGGCAGUGGGAGGAUACCUAGUGAUCAUCAUUCAAUCAUACAUGACAGUUAUUGAAGAUCAAUAUCCAAUUUAUGAUCGUCCAACUGCAGACAAAUUUGACGAAUGAACCAACGAGCGUUAUUCUUUAUUUUUAAUUAAUUUUACUGCUUAUAACUUACUUAUGCGACACUAUAUUCAUAUUUCAUAGCAAAUAUUAUAUAACGCUAGUGCAUUGUAUAGUUGUAUUAUAGUUGUAUAUUAUUCGAUAUUGCCAUUAAUCCUUAUUUGUUCAAAAACUUAAAAUCGAGAUUUUACAAAAGCAACGUUAAUUUGAUUGAAAAUAUCGAUUUUCGAAAUUAUUAUUUUUUAGACUUAGUAAUGCGCACUCGGGAGUGGGGCUAGUUUAAAUCAAUAACAAUUAGUCUUAGUAUCUAUAUCCAUACCAUUAUACCAUGAAUAAUAAAUAAAUUGUAUUACAAAAAAUAUCAAGUAUCAAAUAAAAAUAAUGUAAUAAUCUUAUUUGGUGUGCGCCUUAAGACUUGUGCGUACACAAUUCAAUAUACACGAACGCAUACAAAGUUGUAUAGACAGCAGGCUCGCUAUGAUGCAGUGUUUGUGUACGAAUGGUUUUAUGAUUCCAAUUGAACGUCGAAACUCAAUAAAAGCGAAGGUAGGUGGUAUUUGACGAUUAUAAGAUUGUUUCGAUUACAUCAAUGGUAUUCACUAAUGACGACUUUUUUGAGAAAGACAGAUUUUUUAAGGGGCCUCCUUAUUACUGGAUUCUAAGUAAAAUUGUAUAGGCAACUUCUUAUACAUUCAGCAAUUUGCCUUGUCGUUGUACUAGUCGUAAAUGGUCGUUAGUGUAGUAACCCGCAUAGUAGUAGCACGGAAGGAUCUCGUACGUACUCACAGGCACAUGUCAGAUAAAAAUUUCGAAGUCCAUGUCUCCAGAACCCCCACCUCCAAAUUUGACAUGGACCUACAAUUUUGUGAUCCAAAAACAAUAUUUAUUUUUCACUCAAACAGACAACUUCAAUUCAAACUAUACCUCACAUCAAUUACAUCGAUUUGCAUUUUGAAAAAAUAAUUCUAAUUUUCCAGCACAUUUUUA